AUGGCUUCAGCAUGCGUGAACAACAUAGGAAUGUCACCGGAGAGUUUUCUGGACUGUCCUCCUUCGAAAUAUCCCUCGUACGGGUGGCUGAGCUCGAGAAUCUCUUUCAGCCGUGAGUUUGUCGAUGAGGAGGAGGUAAAAGCUGGGGUAGUUAAGCCUUCAGCUAAAACUGAAGCCAAAUCGGAUAAUGCAGUUGUGGAGAAGUCGGAAAAAUCAGAUCCAGAAGUAUCCGGUGAAACUUUUGUCGAUUUUGAGUUCCGGCUGGAAGAUCCAGUUACAAUGCUCCCUGCCGACGAGUUGUUCUCCGACGGAAAGCUCAUGCCAUUACAGAUUUCUUCCAUUCAGAAAUCAAUGAGAUCAGCGCCGAUGACAUCUGCGGUCACAUCUCCGGACACGCCAAAACUGCGCAUUAGAACGGAGAUUUCUCUUACAGAUCCUUACUUAUUUUCUCCCAAGGCUCCCAGGUGUUCGAGCCGCUGGAAAGAGCUUCUAGGCCUGAAAAAGCUCUACCAGAACAGCAAUGCAAAGCCAGAAGAUCAAAAGCCGGCCUCAGCAUCCAAUAGUAAAAAUGCCGCCAAAAGCUUAAAGCACUUUCUCCACCGCAGCUCAAAAUCAUCAGUAAAUGCAUCCAUUGAUUCAUCCUUAAGCUUCCCAUUAUUGAAGGACACGGACAAUGAGUCGGUCUCAAUUUCCUCUCGGCUUUCGCUUUCGUCCUCUUCUUCAGGACAUGAGCACGAUGAUCUCCCAAGGCUCUCUCUCGAUUCCGACGAGCCGAGUACAGUUACUCGUAGCUCUAACCGGAAUACCAACACUCUUUCCCGAGUUCGAGUUGUUAGACCCAGGGCAUUAUCGCCAGAGAAUCCAAAUACGGCGACCCGAGUGGUGCGUAGCCCGAUGCAAAAAGCACCGGAGCCUAUUGCACAAGCGUGUGGAGUUUCAGCAGAUAGUCCUCGCAUGAAUUCCUCUGGUAAAGUCGUGUUUAAUAACUUGGAGAGAAGUUCCAGUAGUCCCAGCAGUUUCAACGGUGGCCCCAGAUAUAAACAUCGAGGAAUGGAGAGGUCUUAUUCAGCUAAUGUUCGCGUUACACCGGUUCUGAAUGUUCCGGUUUGUUCACUUCGAGUCUCGUCCAAAUCUGGUGUUUUUGGCCUAUUUUCCUCUCAACAGAAGAAAGAUAGCGGCGGCGGCAGCAGCAAUAGUGGUGGCAUCAGAGGACAGCAAAAUAAUAGCAAAGAACCGCACGGAUUGAACUCAAGAGAUGGAAAGCAUGUUUUGCGCAGAAGAACUGAAGAAGAAGCCAAGAAGGACUUUGAUGUUCAAUUGCUGGACAAUUCCAAACAGACAUUCCAGACGUCAAGUUCAUUGCUGGCUUGCACUUGCAGCUUGCUGCCUUUGCCUCUGUGA